CUGAAGAUGAUGAAGAUGAUGAAUAUGAUGAUGGCGGUGAUGAAGGUGUGUGUCCUGCUCUUCUGUGUGUGCGAUGUGUCGUCCGGACGAAGGCUCAGGCUGGGCAGCUGCACCGUGAGGGUGCACACACACGAGUUAUGGCAACACUUCCACACCAUCCGCCAGAGCACGGUGAGAACACACACACACACACACCCACACGUCAAACAAGACAACCACAUGGGCACCAAACUACUGAAGACUGACAUUAUGAAGGAUGUUCAGGCGUUGGAGAGCUGCUGCUUCCUGCGCCACCUGCUUCGGUUCUACGUGGAACGCGUGUUUGGGAGCCACGCGGCCGCCGCCAGCCAGGCCUCGCAGAAGAGAACCACGGGCGUGCUGGCCAACGCCUUCCUCAGCAUCAAGAAAGACCUGCGCCAGUGUCAUGCGCAGAUGCACUGCCAGUGUGGGGAACAGACCCAGAUCAAGAUGGAGGCCAUCCUCACCAGCUUUGAGAAGUUGGACUCCACAGCGGCGGCGGUGAAAGCAGUGGGAGAGCUGGGCUCGGUGCUGGAGUGGCUGGACAGUUUCCACAGAGAGGCUUCUCCAGAGGCCGUGCAGGGCUAGCGCCCCCCAGAGGCCGUGCAGGGCUAGCGCCCCUUCAGCCAGAAGAGAGUCCCCCACGCCACCACAUUCUUUACUUCA